AUGGGAAAAACGCAAAUACGGGAAAAACGCAAAUACGGGAAAAACGCAAAUACGGGAAAAACGCAAAUACGGGAAAAACGCAAAUACGGGAAAAACGCAAAUACGGGAAAAACGCAAAUAUGGGAAAAAAGCAAAUAUGGGAAAAACGCAAAUAUGGGAAAAACGCAAAUACGGGAAAAACGCAAAUACAGGAAAAACGCAAAUAAGGGAAAAACGCAAAUAUGGGAAAAACGCAAAUACGGGAAAAACGCAGAUACGGGAAAAACGCAGAUACGGGAAGAACGCAAAUACGGGAAGAACGCAAAUACGGGAAAAACGCAAAUACGGGAAAAACGCAAAUAUGGGAAAAACGCAAAUACGGGAAAAACGCAAAUACGGGAAAAACGCAAUUACGGGAAAAACGCAAAUAUGGGAAAAACGCAAAUAUGGGAAAAACGCAAAUAUGGGAAAAACGCAAAUAUGGGAAAAACGCUAAUAUGGGAAAAACGCAAAUAUGGGAAAAACGCAAAUGUAGCGAAAGGGAAAUUUGUGGCACAAAUUGAGAAAAACGCAAAUACGGGAAAAACGCAAAUACGGGAAAAACGCAAAAACGGGAAAAACGCAAAAACGGGAAAAACGCAAAUACGGGAAAAACGCAAAUACGGGAAAAACGCAAAUACGGGAAAAACGCAAAUAUGGGAAAAACGCAAAUAUGGGAAAAACGCAAAUAGGGGAAAAACGCAAAUAUGGGAAAAACGCAAAUAUCGGAAAAACGCAAAUAUGGGAAAAACGCAAAUGUAG